AUUCAGCACUGACAGCCUACCCGAAGUCAGUGUUAUUGGUGGUUUGUCGCUUCCUCUAGUCGCAUCGGACCACUUGCCUUUCAGCACGAGUGUCGCGUGAAGUUCAGAAACGACCUACUACAAUCGCCUACCCUCUCUCUCCACUAUAUAGACUUGUCGUGUGGAGUGGCCUAGAAGUCAUUAUCUUUCUUCCCCCGUUGGAUGUAUAGUUGAUCCGCCAUGUCGGAACAACCUCGCUCAAUGGAGUCCCGUGUCGGACGUAAAAACCAACGGUAUGGUCCCAAAGGUGAACGACUAGUCGCCGGUGUCGUGCCAUUGUCUGCGGACAAGACUCUGGUCUUGAUGAUCCAGUCCGCAGGUCGCGGGGGCUGGGUCCUGCCCAAAGGCGGGUGGGAGACCGACGAGAACAGCCCCCAACAAGCCGCCUGCAGAGAGGCCUGGGAAGAAGCCGGAGUAAUAUGUACGGUGCAUAAGGACUUGGGUCAAAUACCUGAUAUGCGCCCCUCCACGUUAUUGUCGAAUUCGGCACCUAAGGCGUCCUAUCAAUUCUUCGAAGUCACAGUGGACCGCGAAGAGGAACAGUGGCCCGAGAUGCACAAGCGGAAACGGCAAUGGGUUACCUACAAGCAGGCUGCGGAUGCUUUGGCCAGCAGACCCGAGCUGCUGGAAGCGCUCAAUCGCAGCUCCAUGCGAAGGUAGCGAUGGCUUUUUGUUUUCUGCAAAGGAGCUUUGAGCUUCCAUGACGACUUGAAAUGAACUAGCCAAGGAAAAGCUGU